AUGCUACGCGUCGGCUUCCACAGUGGUGGUGCUCACGGCACAGGCGCCCCUAAUCUGCCUAACACCAGAUCAGCCGAAUAUGGCGAUGACACUGUUGAAAUGGUCAUAGCCAGCAUGAAGCACGAAAACAUCACAUGGCUUCACGAUUACCUUUUGGAUUGGAAGAAGAACAUAUAUGUUGUAGAUGAUCGCCGCGCCAAAUUGACCGUUCCUCGGAACAAGGGAAGAGAGGCCAUGGUAUUCCUAACAUAUAUAAUUGAUCGUUACGAUUCCCUCCCUGGGAGCGUCUUCUUCCAUCACGCCGAACGAUUUCAAUGGCAUAAUGACAACCCUGAUUACGACGCGCUGACUCUCCUCCAACGGUUCCGCUUUGACUACCUUAAGGAGCAAGGCUAUGCAAAUCUUCGCUGCGAUUGGGCCUUGGGCUGUCCCGCAGCGAUCAAACCGCUUGUCGACGCAACUGAACCAGUGCCUGGUGAAGGCCUUAGCUCAAAGCGCGUAUAUAAGAAAGCUUUCAAAGAAUUAUUUCCUGGCGAAGCUGUCCCAGAGACGGUCGGUGUCGCCUGUUGCUCCCAAUUUGCAGUACGGCGAGAGUCAAUUAGGAAGCGUCCCAAGUCAGACUAUAUUCACUAUCGCGAAUGGCUGGUAAAGACUGAUCUUGAAGAUGGACUCAGUGGACGGGUGUUGGAGUAUGCGUGGCAUACUAACAUACAACAGUAA